AUGUCGUCAAAACGCAAAUGGGACCAGGCUGCCCCCGAAACAACACCAAGUGAACCAGACCAUCCUGUAAAGGCGCCAAAAACCGAUGAGGGGAAGACAGCUUCUGAGGCUGCAGCUGCUGCUGCUGCCAUUGCCGCCAAAAUUGCUGCUCAGUUCAGUGCUGGUGGAGGCAUUGCCGGGAGCAUACAGAUUGGACAGAAGGACCCGCAUGAUGGAGACUUUACCCAUGAUAUCGAUAUCAAUGACGUCCGGAACCGGUAUAUGUUGACAAAAGGUUCUACACAGACCGAGAUACACGAGGAUACGGGCGCAUCGGUUAGUACCAAGGGUGUGUGGUACCCGGAUAGAUCAAAGGCAACGGAGAAGGACCCUCCACUAUACCUUCAUCUUUCGGCUUCAAACAAGGAAAUGUUGCAGAGAGCAAUUGACAAGGUCAACGAGCUAAUAGCAAUUGACCUUGGUCCACUAGUAGAAGACAAGAAGGACCGAUUGCGCGAAAAGGUUGUGCAAUUGUUCCGAUGUUUCACCAUUGGCUUACUCUUCUCCCAGCGCAAAUGGCCGGAAGAGAAAUUGCCCGUGGCCCUUGAGACUAUUCGCAAUUUCAAUGUUCGUGCCAAAGUUGUUGGGCCACAGGGAAUGUUCGUGAAAUAUAUCCAACAAGAAACAAGUACACGUGUCCAGAUAAAGGGUCAAGGUUCAGGCUUCGUAGAACAAGAAACUGGACGGGAAUCAGAUGAGCCCAUGCACAUACACAUUACCGGACCAGAUGAAAAUCAAGUAGCUCGCGCUAAAGUGCUCACAGAGGACUUACUCGAAGUUGUACGAUCUGAGCAUGCCAAAGCCCAGUCAGCAAUGAUGCAGCAACAAAUGGAGCUACACCAAGCACAAAUGCAAUUUGCACAGUACCCGAUGGGUGGGUACGGUGGUGCCCCACCACCCGCACCUGAAAACGCGCCGCCACCGCCACCACCUGGAGAGCAGCCUCCCCCGCCUCCAGAUGGUAGUGCACCCCCACCAUAUCCAGGUGGACCAACCGGCGCCCCAGGGCCAGAGGGUCAAGAUGCAUAUGCGGCAUAUUGGGCACAAUAUGGCUACGAUGUCAACUCACCGCAGUUUAAGGAGUGGGCUGCGAGUCAACAAGCACAGUAUUACCAAACAUACGCUGGGCAAACAGCCGCGCCCGCACCAAGCGACUCUGCACCUCCUCCACCGCCACCCCCAGCAUAG